AUGUCUGACGAUGAUCCCUAUGCAGUGGCGGCAAAAAGUAAAUUAACAUUAAAGUCCGAUUCGGGAGUAAAGAAGAAGAAAAAGAAAAGUAAGAAACUUCUGGAACAAGUAACAAAAACUAUUGAGGAAGAAAAACAGGAACCCAAAAAGGUACAAACUAAAACUAAAGCAGAACUGGCGUUUUUACAACAGCAGGAAAAAAUGCAAACCAAACGUAUUUUGGAGAAAGCUUGCAUGACCCAUAAGGAAAGAGUUGAGAAGUUUAAUCAACAUUUAGAUGGAUUAACGGAACAUUUUGAUAUACCUAAAGUGUCAUGGACUAAAUAA